UGCUUAAUUAUGGGUUACAGAAUACAGACACUCAGGCUCACUACUUUCUAACCCCUUUUUUUACACUCUUCACCGUGUUCGCAUUUGUCAGUAGGGUUUUUUAAAACCCCAAAAGCCUCUAAUCUCUUUCUCUCUCUCUCUCUUCCAUGUCCAGGUUUGCAUGCUAAAGGCAGUACGCUUCUAAACAUCAUGCUUGCUGUGAAGGUUGGCUGUGUUGGGCAAACUUUUGCCCUAGCUAAAGGGAAGGAGUCUGAAGGGAGGAAGUCUCGGAUUCGGCGUUCAAAGGAGGAGAGGAAGGCAAUGGUUGAAUCCUUUAUAAAGAAGUAUCAAAAGACAAACAAUGGGAGUUUUCCAUCACUUAAUCUCACUCACAAGGAAGUUGGUGGGUCUUUCUACACAGUACGGGAGAUUGUUCGAGAUAUAAUCCAGGAAAAUAGAGUGCUGGGCCCUGCUAUGUUAAGUCCAGAGGAGCAGAGCAGUUAUCGGUUCUUGGAACAAGAUCCACUCUUUUCAAUGGCUACAGAACCUCAAAUUCCUCCAUCACUAAUAUCCAAUGAAACUCAUCUUUUAUCCAAUCAUCACCAGGGUACAAGAGAAGAACUAGUCAUAGUUUCUGAUGGGCAUGAUACUGGACCUGACCAUCAGAUGUUUGAGCGAAUUGUAAAUGGAACUCAGGUAGAUGUAAAAGACAAAAAAUCUGAUGAAUCAACUUGUAUCGAGUUGCAAGUAGAUGAACCUUCUGAAGCAGAGAAACAUCUUGAGGAAGAAUGGGCUGCACCAAUGGCCAAAAUAACUCCUACAAUAGAAAAUGAAGAGCAAGUCUCUUUUUCUGAUGGGCAUUUCACUGAACCAGAAAAUCGGAUGCUUGACAACAGCCAGCUAGAUGUUAAAAACAAAAACUCUAUUGAGCUGACAUGUACUGACUACCAAGUAGGUGAACCUUCAGAAGCAGAUAGGAACACUGAAGAACUGGCAGCAUCUAAGGCUAAAGUAAAUCCUAUAGUAGCAGAUGUUAUAGUAGAGACCUUUCCAUUACAGCGUGUUACUAAGACAACCGAUAGCUUGGGUGGGAGUUUAGGAGAAUCAAAAAUUUUAAAUAAUCCUGCAGGACAAAAAGAGAAUGGAAAGCUGGAGUUGGAACCAGGCAAUGGUAUUUUGUUUGAGAGAAAUUCAGGUUCAGUGGAAAAGGAAGUAGUAGAUCUUUCAGAGCCAUCAUUGGAAAGCUCAAAUUAUUUAAUCCCUGGAGAAGAUACUAAGCAUGAUACUCAGAGCAUUGAAGUCCUUGAAGCUAAAGUAUCCAGUAAUGAUUUUGGAACCCAGUCGUCUGAGAACAGCCAGGAUCUGACUGGAGCUAAGGCUGUUAAUGCUCUAACUCCAAAUGACAAUAUCAAGAUUCUUGAUGGCACUUGUACUGGCAGUAGCGGUGUAGAUGAAAAUACCCCAGAGACCAUCAUUAAUCAACCUAAAGCUGAUCUACAUGGUGGCAACUCCCAGAGAGGAAGCAAUCCAACUUUAGAUAGAAUAAACCUUGAAUCUUGGGAAGGGACAACCAAAGCUGCCAAACCGGAAACUAAUCCACUUUUGGCUACAAUUAAAGCAUUUAUAGCUGCCUUUGUGAAAUUUUGGUCUGAAUAAUCACCUUGUUAGUGUAGUUCUUUUGAUUUUCUUUUUCCCCGACCGUGUCAUGGAUGAAGAAUGUACCUGCCAGAUAAUGCUUAAAUGCCACUUGGGUAAAUCUAAAGUUGUGUGGUUGGCUUUCUUUUAGUUUGAUGGUUUUUUUCCCCUCCCUGUUGUUUUGGCCAUUUAAGGACACUUGAACAUAUGGACUACACCAAGGAGAUAUCACUUUAUCAAUCCUUAACAGGAUGGUACUAAAUUAUGUAAUACGAUGCCAAGAGACUACCAAUAAAGUGAGCUAGCAUAGUUCUUGGGUGA